GAGCGAACUCCGAACUCAUCGCGCAGCAGCCAUGCCAUGGGUGCAGCUACGUGCGCUUGUGCUGGGGAUGACGCCUGCCGCCAGUGCGAGAAUGCUGCGGACGCAGGCGUUGUGGACCUGCCGACUGUGGACUGGAGUAGCUUCCUGGCCGACGAGUCCGACCAAGAGGAGGAAGGCUUGCCCGUCACGCCACGGGGUCUCAUAAUUUUACCGCCGUCAGACGAGACCCAUAACAUCGCCUGGCACGAUCUCGAAGAGCCCUGGCCAAGCCGAUCCCAGCCCCUGCUGGCACUUCCAGGAAGACACAGGGUAGCUGAGUCUGACAAGGCGGACCAUGGCACCGCAUGCCCAGAGGCCAAAGGCCCCGCUGUCUGGGAAGAAGUCGACGAGGACCAGCUGCACGCGCUCUCGAACUCGCAGACGCGCAGUGAAUUAGGUAGCCAAAGUGCACCGCAAAGCCAAGAGCCCACGCCCAGGUCUGCUGACCCAUCAGAGGGGACAAUGAGCUGUGGCAAUGCGCAACAUGAGGGCACUUUGCACCACAUUUCGAACUAUUUUUUAGAUGCGUUUGCUGAAGACGAAGACUCCGACACUUCCAUGGGAAGGAGGUUCCGACAAAGUAUCUCGGCGCCGCCAUCAACGGCUCUUCCUGAUCGUCCGGUGAUGCCCAGGCAGCCUCCUGAUCCCAGCCAGAGUGGAAGGAGAAGAUGCCAGGCAAACAGCCUGAUGCUCUGGUGAGCGAUGGA